GAUGAAGGGUAGCCGGAUUGAGUUAGGAAAUGUAACGCUACACAACAUUAAAGAGCUGAAGUGGUUAAAUCAAGUCAUCUUUCCAGUCAGCUACAACAAGUUUUACAAGGAUGUGCUAGAGCAGGGUAUUGCUGUUGGUACUGUGUGCCUUAGAGUUGACCAUUCUCUGAAUCAGAAGAGGCUCUACAUCAUGACAUUGGGCUGUUUGGCACCUUACAGACGAUUAGGAAUAGGGACGAAAAUGCUGAAUCAUGUCCUAAACAUCUGUGAGAAAGAUGGAAGUUUUGACAAGAUUUAUUUACAUGUUCAGAUCAGCAAUGAAUCUGCAAUAGUCUUCUAUCAGAAGUUUGGCUUUGAGAUAUAG